AUGAACGGCAUUACCAAGGGCAGAUUUGAGGUGUUCUCUAACAGCGAUGAAGCCCCCAUCAAUAAGAAGCUUCCUAAAGAGCUUCUGCUACGAAUAUUCUCCUACCUAGAUGUGGUCACGCUCUGUAGGUGCGCCCAGGUGUCCAAGGCUUGGAAUGUCCUGGCCCUGGAUGGCAGCAACUGGCAGAAGAUUGACCUAUUCAACUUUCAGACGGACAUUGAGGGCCGUGUGGUGGAGAACAUCUCCAAGCGUUGCGGGGGCUUCCUGAGGCAGCUGAGUCUGAGAGGCUGUCUGAGUGUGGGGGACGCUUCCAUGAAGACGUUCGCCCAGAACUGCAGGAACAUCGAGGUGCUGAACCUGAACGGCUGCACCAAGAUCACAGACAGCACCUGCCUGAGCCUCAGCAAGUUCUGCUCCAAGCUCAAGCACCUGGACCUCACCUCCUGCGUGUCGAUCACCAACCACUCCCUGAAGGCCCUCAGUGACGGCUGCAGAAUGCUUGAGAUGUUGAACCUGUCGUGGUGUGACCAGAUGACCCGGGACGGCAUCGAGGCCCUGGCCAGAGGCUGCAACGGCCUGCGUGCACUGUUCCUCAGAGGCUGCACACAGUUGGACGACGGGGCCUUGAAGCACCUCCAGAAGCACUGCCCAGAGCUCACCACCAUCAACAUCCAGUCCUGCACGCAAAUGACGGACGAUGGCAUGGUGAGCCUGUGCCGCGGCUGCCACAAGCUACAGAUCCUCUGCAUGUCUGGCUGCAGCAACAUCACCGACGCCUCGCUCACCGCACUGGGCCUCAACUGUCCCCGGAUCAAGAUCCUGGAGGCUGCACGCUGCUCCCAUGUGACUGACGCUGGGUUUACUGUAUUAGCCAGGAAUUGCCAUGAGCUUGAAAAAAUGGACUUGGAAGAAUGUAUUUUGCUAACUGAUAACACCCUGGUCCAGCUAUCUAUACACUGCCCUCGGCUGCAAGCGCUGUCCCUGUCACACUGUGAGCUGAUCACCGACGACGGCAUCCGGGCGUUGAGCAGCAGUGCCUGCGGGCAGGAGCGCCUCACGGUGGUGGAGCUGGACAACUGCCCCCUGAUCACGGACGUGACCCUGGAGCACCUGAAGAGCUGCCACCGCCUGGAGCGCAUCGAGCUCUACGACUGCCAGCAGGUCACCCGGGCCGGCAUCAAACGCAUCCGGGCCCACCUCCCCGAGAUCAAGGUCCACGCCUACUUUGCCCCGGUGACGCCCCCCCCCUCGAUGCACGGCGGGGGCCCGCGGCUCUGUCGCUGCUGCAUCAUCCUCUGACAGUGGAGGGCCAGAGGGGGGCACCUCUGUCUGCAGGUCCUGCUGCUCUGAACUAGUUGGGGGGUGGGGUGGGGUGGGGUAUAGGGGAUAAGGGGAUAGCGAUUUGGGAUGGGGUGGGGUGGGGGGGGGGGGGGGGCUGGACCUAAUCACCGCUCCUAAUGAUCAACUGAUGAUCAACACACCCAGACUGAUAGCCCAGCAGUGAGUGAUCUAUCAACUCCCCCCCCCCCCCACCCCACCCCCCCGGCUCUCUCCCACUCAUGCUAAGCCAUAGAUUCCAUGGAGGAUGAAGAAGAGUGUGCAGAGAGUGCUGAUGGCUCUGGGUUACACUGCUGUGGUAAGGUGAGGUGGUGGUUAAGGUGGACAGAUGUAUGUUUAUUUUCUCUCCAUCCUUCCCACUUGGCCAGAACUGGAUAAACAAUUGACUUAAACCAGCCAGCCCACCCCACCAGCAUCCUCCCAGUGCAACCCCCCCCCCCCCCUCCAACCCUAAGUAAGUAGGUGUCACCUGGACAAGAAGAGAUGCAGAUGCAGAAUAUCUCUCUCUACGGCUCCAGCAGUUAUAGGGGCUUACAACUCGAAAAAACGAAAACAAAAAAAACUGAAGAUUCAUUCUCUGUGGAAUAUCAUCAUCAUCUCAACCAACCAAUGACACGGCAGCCCUGUCGAACAUGGGGAUAUUUUGUGAGUGAGAGCCUUGUGGGAAGACAGGACCACCCCUCUGGGGUCGUGGUCUGUGCUGGUCCACCCAACAUGGAGGGAACACCAUGAAGAGCAGUAUAGAAGGAUCGUUUUGUGCUUUGGAGAAUGUUCUCAGACAUUUCACUUCUAUUUGCACAGAGAAUGUUUUGCAAUGGCGGGAGCAAAAAAAUUGAUGUGAUAAUUACAAUAUCCGCUACUCACUGGAAACUGAAGAAUAGAGGCCUAUGACGUUUUAAUUUGUAUUUUCGGUUUUCCUGUGCUUCUUGUAAUUGUCCAUGCUUUUUUGUCGUGUGGGGUGGGGGGGGUGGGGGGGGUCCUCUCUUGAAAAGAAAAAAAAGAAUAAGAACGUCAAGAGUUUCUAUUUGACAUGAAAGGACCGUGUGCCAGAUCCUCAGCAGCAGAAGAAAUGCAGUUGGCUGUGAGUGCUACCUCUCUCCAGGAUGUGUGGCAUAAUGUUGCACCAUAGGCCCUGAUCCAAACUAGGCCGUUGCCCUGUCAGCUAAAGCUCCUUAUAGUACCACCAGAGACCUGUUAACCUGUCUGUCAAUCACACAGACCACACUAGCUUGAUUUGUGCCCGCAACUUGGUCUCCGUUUACAACUUUAGACAAAGAUUAGCAGCGCAACAUAGCCAGCCAACAACCAACACAUCUGUUCUGCUCAUUUGGAGAAAUAACUUGAAUCCAUGUCCAAAUUCUUUAAAAUGUACUUGUUGGACUCGUGACAAAUCAAUUCACAUGAAUUGAAAAUAACCGGGGUAAUGAACAUGCCGAGUUCAAAAAAAGCUCUAAAAAGCUUUGUAAAUGCUUUCAUGUAUCUGAUGACUGUGGAUAAGAAAGGACAGGUUUAGACAAUCACUGAGAACCUUUGAGGGAAAUUUGGUGUGGUUUCCUGUGACUUGGGAUUGCUCUGCCCCCAUUGGAUUAGGUCGGAUGCAGUGAAUACUUUAGUAUGACGCUUAACGUGAAGAAAUUAAUUUACAAAUAUUAUUUGACCCAGAAUAUGUGAACAAUGUGGUAUAAACGCCCUAAAUAUAACAGUCAAUUGUAUUACCCAUUCAAUUCUACACAACACUGGUGUGAACUUGAACAUGAUUAGUCAGAUGAAAAUAACAAUUGUCUUUUUCAAUUGUGGUCAUGUACCUGCCCUAGCAUUUGUGUGACCUUUAAAGAGGAUCUUGCUUCCGUUAAAAAAAAAAGGAAUUUAUGUCAAACAAGACACACACACUAGGUGGCAGCCAAUAUGGAUUCCAAUGGAUGAGAUGCACAGGAAUACAGUGGAGAGGGAAUGUGAGUAGAGGGAUUAUAAUGUGUCGAGGCUCAAAUGCUGACUGAGCGAUUCGUCUGUAUUGUAUCCCCUCGCUCGGACAGCUGUUUUAACAGAGGUUUUAUGUCGAAGAAAUACGUGAGUAAAUAAAUGAAAAUGAAUAAAUAAAUAAAGGUAUCUAAUAGUAAAUGUA